GGAAAAGCAGGGAACAGAAAUGAGCGAAAUGGCAAACGGCGAUUCUUCUUUUCGGUCCUCACCGCUUUCUUUAGUACGGCAGUACUUUUUUUUUGAGAUUCUUCGAGGCUUUCUCUGCGUCUCUUCAACCGCUGUCGGUCAUGGCCAUCUCAGACAUUCUUAAUCGCCGUAUACAGGUGCGGCCGGAUGAUGACGAGGUAGAAGAAUACUAUUCGGAAUCAUCAGCGUCGGGGCAGGAGUCGGAUGUUGACAGCCUAGAAGAUUCCGAUGAUCUCUCCGACGAGCAGGCCGAUAGUGACGAUUCAUUGGAAGAACAGUCAGACAACUCAACCAAUCCAGAAAACUCAGAAAAUAGUGACGAUGAUAAUGAUGAAGAAGAAGACGAAGACCCCAACGACAACAUCCAAGCCUCACUAAGCAACAUCUCCUUCGGCGCACUCGCCAAAGCGCAAGAAUCCCUAGGACCAAAAAAGAAGAAGAAAUUCCCUGCAUCCUCCAAACCCCUAGAAUCCUCAACCAACCCCUUUGACGACGUCCGUGCCCGAAUCCACGAGAUUCGCGAACAAAAACGGCAAAAAGAAGGAGAGAAAUCCAAAGACAAGGAUUCCUCAGCAACAAAAAAGAAGUUUACCCGCACCUCCAAACAUGCGCCCACAAUUCAAUCCUCCAAAUAUGCCGUCUCCAGAAAACGUACCGUCAUCGAACCCCCUCCAGUCCCGAAAGCCAGAGACCCCCGAUUCGACCCCACGGUCCAGAGCCACAGUCGCGGCAGCGCACAGAAUCCCACGGGGGUCAACAAAGCCUACUCAUUUCUAGAUGAUUACCGUGCCGCCGAACUUAAGGAGCUCAAAGACAAGUAUUCCAAGACCAAGGAUGCGGGGCACAAAGAGGAGCUGAAGCGUGCGAUUCGCUCCGCCUCGGAUCGCAUGCGCAGUAUCCAGAAUAAGAAGCGGGAGAGUGAGAUCUUGGCCGAGCAUAAGAAGCGCGAGAAGCAAUUGCUACGGGAAGGGAAGAAGAGUCAGCCGUAUUACCUUAAGAAGUCAGAAUUGAAGCAGCAGGUCCUCACGAAGAAGUAUGAAGAGAUGAAGUCGAAGGAUCGGGCCAAGGCACUGGAGAGGAGGCGGAAAAAGCUGGCUGCUAAGGAGAGGAAGGAUAUGCCCCUCGAGCGGAGGGGGGUGGAAGAUAGGGCUCCCGGUGAUGAUAGUCAAAGUAGGAAACGGAGACGGGUGGGAUAGGAUAAUAUGUUGCUUUCCUUUUUCUUGAAUUCUAUCUUGUCCCUUAGAGCGUAUCUUCUCCUACGUUUUCUGAUUCUACCCAGAUGUGCAUUGCAUACGAACCUCACGACCAGGGAGCAAAAUCCCACUGUAGGGUUUGCAGAAAUUGAAGAAAUAGGGAGACAAUGGUAAUAACAAAUAGAGAGCUGAAUACAACGAAGCAAUCAACCCAGUUCCAUUCAUAAUUACAACCCCAGUGGAAACAGGAGCAUGGAACUAAACAAGAGGUAUAUCAUAGUGAGGAUAUCAAGUGUCAAAUACGCAGACAAUAACGCCAACUAAAGAGAAAAAAGGGUAACAGAAAUAGAUAUAUUCAUUCCCUGGCACUUAGCGGGAAUCCAAAGGGAACACCACAAAACAGGGGGCUCUUUUUUGUCUUGACAGAAAUGUAUAAAUGGCAACAAAUUUCCCAGAGAGAAAAGAGAGAAAAAAAAAUAUAAAUGAAAGAAAAUAGAAUGAGUUGACAGGAAAAGCAGCCCACAAUUCAUGUUGUUCAUACAGUUUCAUACCCUUUCACAAUAUUCAUCACAAUCCAAAACCCAUAUAAAGAAAAUCAAAGUCGACCACCAUUGCAAAGUUCAGAAAGGAUAACUUCUGUAAUUCACAGGGUCACAAAAAGGGGGGAAGAGAAAU